CCUGUACAACAAUGCGGAGAGCAGUUCCAACAGCAAUCAUCACUAAUCACCCAUAUGCAGCAAAAGCAUGACGUGGUUCACGGUACUGCCGCUAGAGUCCCGCUUUCUGCGGCAGCGGCAUCUUCUGCGUCCACAACUCCCAAACCACCCAGUCAACCCGACAAGAAAAAACGAAGAGGUGGGGUAGCCGCUUUGUCCUGUGCUGAAUGUCGAAGAUUGAAACUCAAGUGUUCUCGGGUAUUUCCCUGUACGCACGUAUCGAAGUUUCUUCCCCUUACAAAAGCCGGAUCCUCAUACUUCUUUUUCCUAAUAGUGGUUGCGUGAAGAAAGGUUGUGCGGCCAUAUGCCCUGACGGUCAUUUAACUACUGGGAAAGGAAAUCGCUUUGUCCUAGCCAACAUCAACGAACUGCAAGAGAAGAUUGAGGAGCUCACCACCCGCGCCAAAGCACUUGAGGAUGCCUUGGCUAAGUCUCACAAUUUGGUCUCUCCUCAACCACAUCCCCUUUUGAGUGACGACCUUUUACAAAUAACUCGCACUGUCAAGGAGGAGUCUCCUGAACCAAACCUGUCCACUGAUUCAACAACCGUCAAGAAAGAAGAAAAUAAUAAACAAGAAGAAGAUGAAGCAUUGAUUGUGUAUAAAUCUUCCUUGGGAUCGUUGUAUGCCGGUGAACAAAGCACGUUCUACGGUCGCAGUAGUACUUCUUGGCAUUUCUUAUUGAACGAGACUGGGGCGAACCAGCAGAAGGAGGUACCGAAAGGGAUAAUCAAGCGACCUCUACCGAACGACUUACCUUGGUUGGCUAAUUCUUUCCCUUUUUCUGCUCCAGUCGAUCGGUCAACGCGGCAGAAGCUGGUGGGAUUCUUGCCAACAGUCGCUGUGGCUCGUCGUCACUGUCAAAAUUAUUAUCGCUAUGGUGCUUGGCAGUAUACACCGAUCUCCGAGGUCGAAUUCAAAACCACGAUAUUUGAACCAUAUUAUGAACCUGAUGAGGGAACUUUGUUUGAGGACCCCCUAGUCUCUCAUAACUUGGCGAUAUUGUUUUUGGUUAUCGCGUUGGGUGCUCUACUGGACCUUGAAGGACCAGCUCAUUCACAGGAAGCGAAAUGGUACUAUCAGCUCGGCAAAGCCGCUUUGGCGCUGGAACCCGUGUUAGACAGUUCUUCAUUAUCCACCAUUCAAGCACUGAUUCUUUUAGCGUAUUACAUGCUACUGGAUGACAUACACGAUCUAAGAUGGUCCAUAAUGGGACUGACGUCAAAACUCACACAGACUGCUGGACUUCACAUUGAUGGUACGCAUUGGAAUUUACCCCCAGAAGAAACAUAUCGGCGGCGUUGUUUGUUUUGGGAAGUCUACUCCUAUGAUAUACUUCAGAGCUUAACUUACGGUAGACCACCACACAUGGCGUUGUCAUUUGUUGACACCAAGAAGCCUUUCGAGACGACAAGGGAUGCAAACGGAGAUGUAGAAAUGACAUGUGAUGCUUGGAAGCACAAGUUUUUCAGCGAAUGCCUAGGUGUAAUUUGGAAUAAAGCAUUUGGGGCUCAUCCUUUGAGUUAUGACAUGCUCAAACACCUCGAUCAACAAAUGCGAGCAUACUAUGUUCCCCCGAGCCUUCGAGUACCAGGUUUUGGAGGCGCCAAAUUGAAUCAGGACAUUCAUCCGCCUAGCCCGGAGUUAACGAUGCAGCGUCAUUUCUUAGUUGCUUUGAAGGAAAUCACAUCCUUCUACAUGCAUAGGGGGUUCUUUAUCAGAGCGAUGAAUGAAAAACCAGAGAACCCCAUUGAACAUCAUCCUUACGGAGAAUCUGUCCAGACAAUCUACGAUAGUGCAUGCAUUUGCGUGGGCUUGAUGAGGAGCCUGUUCAGGCAGCAACCUCUGAUCAUGCAACGAUUCCCUUAUUUCUUCGACCAUAUAUUUUCAUGCUCUUAUGUGUUGGGUUCAAUAGCGUCAAAACCCAAGGUCCCUAUGGCCUUGUCUGCCCUCACGAAUUUAGAGCUUGCGUAUGAUUUCUUCGAGGCAAUGGCUGAUAAUUCUCCACGAAAAUCCAAAUUCUUGGCUGAAGCUGGCAAGCUGCGCGAGCAGGCGCGUUUGGCCUUAAAUGUAACACAGAAUCCUUUGACGGAAGCUCAGAAACUGGCACGACCGAAGCCCAUCAAGACCGAGGAACCUGUAUCAGGCCGCCAACAGUCUUCAUGGACAAAACAUGUCCCGUUUUCCUUAUCAUCCACCUUACCAUCUGCCACCCUUACCUCUCCUUCCAAUCAUAGAUAUUCGCCGACUACAGCGAUUACACCGGCGUUCCAAACGACGUACAACCUUCCGCAGCCUACACAGUAUCCCGUUGACCAGUAUUCCCUAUACCCGUCAACUCCUUUGACUGAACAGUCUCAACCAUUGCUUCCACAGCCGUUUUCUGACGGUAACCCGUUCUUCGAUCAACCCAAUACGCCGUACAACCCCAUUUCGGGUUAUCAAUAUCACAAUUACCAAGAUGCGGGAUACUUUCAGCAAGAGAUGGAUUACCAGUCAGGGUAUGAUGCUUCUGGUGAUGUUGUCAUGCCUAUGUUGGAAGAGUCGUGGCAGAAUUUCAUGACUCAGAUUAGACAGUAGAUUCGGACUGCUUGCUUCAUUUGUUUCUUGGGUGUUUUGUGUAAUGUAUUACCGUACUGUUUUACCGCUAUCACAUAUAUGUACCGUCGUGUUUUACUGUUAUUCUUUUGUAUCAAGCUACUUGCAUAUAGUUAAAUUACUUUCUUGCAAAUUACAAGUGAAGUCUUGUUGUCAAGUACAGUAUGUAGUGUGGAUCCUCCCUAGAGAGAAGACCAGACCAUCCAGACGUCGACCGUGGGUACCA